UUUACACCUUCCUGCCCAGGCCAUUUUUCACGUUUCAGCGCUUGCCAUUAGUACAGUGUCAGUGCUUUUUUUUUAGCACUGAUCACUGUAUUGGUGUCAAUAAGGAUGUCAGUGACCCCAAGUCAGUUCUCCCCAGUGUCAGAAUGCCCACCGCAGUCCCGCUAUAAGUCGUUGAUCGCCAUUCCAGCAUCCAUACCGCCAUUUGUAAACGCUAUAACAUUCACGUAAACCAAUUAAUUUACACGUAUUGGGAUUUUU